GAAGGCACUGCAUGCACGCAAAUUUGUAUGCAUUUGUGUUGCACAUCCACAUUCAUACAGUGCAGCAUGCCAUGAAAAUCAUUCCAAUAUAUAGUCUACCCGUUGUCUGUCAAAAGUAUAGCCUACCCCUAGAUGUCGCUAUGUGAGCAGUGCACCUUAGGCUAGUAGGCUACAGCUAUUAUCUUUCUACCGUUUUGUGUGGAUAUCAUCAACGUUUAUUUAGCCAUUGUGCGCAAUUUUGACUAUGUUCACUUUUGCACAUUUUCCCCAUUUCACCCACCUCAAUCUAUGGAUUGAGUGAUUUGACAACUGAGCUGAUUGUGUCACCCAAUAGGUAACUUAAUUGGUGCCUCCUCCCACUGAUGUGACAGCACGCCAUUAAAGUUUAUUAAAAGCUUUUCACAAUUCAUUUGGGCUUGUUAUUAUAGGAAUAGCGUCCAAUGCAUCAUAUUUUCUGAGCUGACCAUUUGGGCAUAUCAGGUUCUCUUGCAAUUAUUUUACUGUUCAUCUGAACCAACAAUCAAGGAACCUGUUGCGGUGAAGACCAGAUAAAGCAAGGGCACCAACGCAUAAAAUUGAGAUGCAGACUCUUCUGAAGGGCAGAAGAGUGGGCUACUGGCUCAGCGAGAAGAAGAUCAAAAAGAUGAAUUUCCUGGUAUUUGUGGACAUGUGCAGGAAACGAGGCAUAGAAAUGGUUCAGCUGGAUCUGAGUCGGCCCCUGGAGGAGCAGGGCCCUCUGGAUGUCAUCAUCCACAAGCUGGCGGACCUCAUUCUGGCGGACCAGAAUGACACGCAGGCCCUGCUAUUGGUGCAGAGUGUCCAGGAUUACAUCGACACCCAUCCUGAAAUGGUGGUUCUGGACCCGCUGCCGGCCAUUAGGACAUUGUUGGACCGCUGCAAGUCCUACCAGCUCAUCCGCAGGCUUGAAGACUGCAUGAAAGAUGAAAGGAUCUGCUCUCCUCCCUUCAUGGUUCUAAGGAGUGAGUGUGGAACUGACACUCUCAAACACAUCCAGAAACAUGGCAUUACCUUCCCUUUCAUUUGUAAAACUCCAAACUCCAACUCCCAUGAGAUGGCCAUCAUCUUCAGUGAGGAGGACCUGAAGGAUGUUAAGCCCCCGUGUGUGAUCCAGAACUUCAUUAACCACGAUGCUGUACUCUAUAAGGUGUAUGUGGUGGGAGAGGCCUACUAUGUGGUGGAGAGGCCUUCUAUCAGAAACUUCCCUUCUGGACCUGCAGAGAGAAAACCCAUUUUUUUCCACAGUCACGAUGUGUCCAAGCCAGAGUGUGCUUCCGACCUGAAUUCUAGGGACAAUGUGGAGGGGGUGUCCAGGGUGCCUAUCGACGACGUCAUCAGGGAGAUCUCCAGGUGUCUGCGGCGGGCACUGGAUGUGUCCCUGUUUGGCAUCGACAUAAUCAUCAGCAACCAGACAGGGCAGCAUGCAGUCAUUGACAUCAACGCAUUUCCAGGUUAUGAGGGAGUCCCAGAGUUCUUUGACGACCUACUGAGUCAUCUCACAAGUGUUCUCCAGGAGCGGGCUUUUGAGAAGACCAGCGUGGUCGGGGGACAGCUCCCCGCCGCAGCCCUGGCCGACUGUGGGAAACCCUGCAUGCUCCUGGGAAAUGAGGCCAACACCUGGAUCGUAGAGGGAGACUGCGUCAAGAGGGGAGGCAAUCAAGGACUGGGGUGCGACUCUGAAGUGUCGGCCAACUUCCAACAACAUUGUGCGUCUGCCAUCCCCACCAAAGCCUCCUCGCAAUAAUGCCCAGCCCCUAGUAGUGAAGAACAAGAUGUUGUAUGUAAUAUAGAUAUAUAUAUAUACAGUGGGGUCCGAAAUUGACACCCUUGAUAAAGAUGAGAAGAAAAUGACGAUCAAAUAAAUAAUUAAAUUACCGAGCUACAUUGUAUGCUCCAUUUUUGUGUUCUAUUAUACAGUUGAUCAGAAAAAAGUGUUUAAGUUAUCUUUUUAAAUGUAAUCUGACCGGUUUCAAUCCAAGUGCCAAUGCCAUUUAGCGAACUCCAGGCACUUACACUUUUGGAAAUACAUGAAAAUAGAGCUCUUUAUUUUUGUUGUAAUUUUUGCUUAUCUUUAUCAAGGGUGUCAAUCAUUUUGGACCCCACUGUAUGGGGUCCAAAAUGCCAGAAAAGCUUCAAUGCGUCUUGGCAUAGAUCAGGGUUCUCCACCCCUGUUCCUGUCCUGUAGGUUCUCUCCAACCUAAUCUAGCACACCUAUUUCUAGUAAUUAGCUGGAUAAUAAACUGAAUCAGGUUAGUUACAACAGGAAGGUAGCUCUAUGGGAACAGGGUUGGAGAGCCCUGGCAUAGAUUCUUCACGUGUCUGUAACUCCAUAUGGUGUUUUAUUGGUGGUGGGAAAUGCUCUCAGGCGCCACUACAGAAUAUCCCAUAAGUGUUCAAUUGGGUUGAGAUCUGGUGACUGAGAUGGCCACGGCAUAUGGUUUCGAUCAAUGUUAUGCUCAUCAAACCAUUCAGUGACCACUCGUGCCCUGUGGAUGGGGGCAUUGUCAUCCUAUGGGGCCAUAGACAGGGUAGCCAAAAUAAUGGCCUACCCAGUAUUUUUAUACAUGACCCUAAACAGAAUGGGAUGUUAAUUAAAUAAUUAACUCAGGAACCACUCCUGUGUGGAAACACUUUCUUUCAAUAUACGUUGUAUCCCUCAUUUACUCAAGUGUUUCCAUUAUUUUGGUAGUUACACAUUAAUGUACUUGCUGAGAGCAAGACCACAAGAUGUCUUGCAUAUUCUUAAUAUUAGUGUGCUUGCAGAAGGCAAGACAACUCUGGAUUCCUUAAGUGUGCUUGCUUAAAGCAAAACAACUUUAGGAACUGUUCAUACUUAUUAUUCCGCUGUAACCUAAAACAAAUUUUUAAAAGUAGAGAGAGCCACUGCUCAGGUUGCUUGAAAAGAAAGUAUACGUUUUAAUACUACGAAUACUUUUCACACUACAAUCGUAUUUGCAUAAAUCCCAAUGCAUUUCAAUGGAAUUCCGGUCGUAACUAGUCUUCCACCACUUAAACUAGAAAUGCUAUUAUAACUUUAAAACGUGCAGACUGGUCUGGAAUAGGUUGCUUGUAAACAUUUUUUUUGAUACCAUUUAUUAUUUUUGAACUAAAACUGUUUUACAUGUGCGUAAAAGCUCCAUAGGCUUGAAUGGGAAGUUUUUUUAUUUUAAAGCAUACAUUUUAUACAAAGUGAAGCCGAAUACCCAAAACCCCUUGGUUGUCCCUAUCCUCAUGCCCACCCAUCUCCAUGCCUGCCCACCCCUGGGAAGUAUUUGGAUUCGCAAUUGCUCUUGAAACGUUAAAGCUACAAACACCAAACCAACAUUGACUUGUACAUGCUGACUCAACGUAGAUUGCUUGUCAAUUUGUUGAUUCACCACUGCUCUUGAUCUGUUUCAGCUACAACCACCACCCCAAUGUUGACAUAUGGCUUAAAUGGCUUCAACAGAGCUUUUUGCUACCAUUCCUACCUCAUAAACUAUAAAGCUUGUUGUAUCCCCAUCUAUUUCAAUGGUUGAAUGUGGGCUUCAACAUUCUUAACUGAAAUCACUACCACAACUUUCAGAAUGUUCAAACAAAACCAUUUUGGAGAGCUUAACACCUUAGGGCUUAUGAUGCCAUGGAACCCACUCUAGCCUACUAUACUUGCCCACUAUAAUACACUAUAAUAACUCCACACCUACAAACCACCCCAAAAUAAGUCACUAUAACUAACACGGCCUAUUACUAAUUAUUACUAAAACCCUACUACUGCCAUUAAUACAACUAUUUCACAACCAUAAGUAUUCAAUAUUAGCAAGCACACCAGGUUUACUUCAGUAAAUGUCCCUUUUCAAGUUAUUCUAUUUAUUCCCCUCAAUAUAGUGCUUAAAUGAUUUAAGCUAUUAACACUAAACCAACUUCCAAAUGUGCAGACAAACUCAAAUUACCUUGUUUGAGAAUCUUUUUGAUAGCAUUUUAUACUUUUGAACUACACCAAUAUUUAAAAUGAUCUACAAUGCAUUUCAAUGGCAAAAAGAUGGUCGAGGCGUCAAUAUUCUAGACUCAUCGCUUUCGCUGUUUUUAAGCUAUCAACACCAAACCAACUUUGAUGUUCAGACUAACCCGACUUACAUUGCUUGCAUUCAGAUUUGUUAUACUAUUUAUACUUUUUGACCUCAAACCAUUUAAAAUGAGCAUACAUUCAACAUGGGUUUCAAUGAGAACCAUAGGAAUAUAGUGUUAGCUAUUCAAAAUGGUCCUUGGCCAAUUAUGCUACAAGACCAACUUUAAAACAUUCAGGUUUUAUAAACUAUUUCACUUUGCUAAAAUGUGCAUAAAUGCAUGGAUUCAAUGCCAACAAUAAGAACACAGUGGUAGACAUUGUAAAUGCUACUGCUCUUUAACCAUUUCAGCUACAAACAACAUUAAAACUGACAUUUUCAGAAUUUGUUUAAAAUCUAGCAAUUCAUAAAUGUCAAAUUGGCAUUUAAUAACCCACCAACAGUAAUAGUAACUCUUGAACCAUUCAAACUAGACCCCAAACCAACUUGUUCAGGCUGUCCAAUCAGUUGUUCCAUCUACCGGCUUUUCAACUAUAACCAGUCACUACCAUUACUACUUCAGUCACUAUCACUACAAUCAUUUAUUUCACAACCAUAAAUACUAUAAAGAUGUCCUUCCAGUGAUAUUUGAACUUUUCCUGUUGAGAAGCAAUAGCCCAAGGAAUGUACACCCACUUAAGUGUAAAAAUGUUGUGAGCAAAAUGUUUUUUAGACACUGUAAACUUCAAGGAGGUGGUCUGAUGUCAUUGCACCCCCCCCCCUGCUUGAGAAACAAUUAAGGAGCAAUAGAGAACGAAGAGGAAAGACCCCCCCCCCCCCAAUCCCACGUCACGUCAUAAUCGUACCUGGAUCACCUUGAGAUGUGCCUGAGUAAAUCAGGUGUUCAAUGAGGUGAAAAGACUGGAGCAGGACUUUAAGACAGGCUCGCAAGCACAAACAUUUCCUUUAGUGCUGAGAAGGAAGAUUUUUAUUUUAUGAAUUCAGUGGUUCCAAUCUGUUUGUCUUGAUCCACUGGUUUACUGUGAUCCCAUCCCUGCUAUUGGAUCUCUGUCAUAUCAAUGACUUUGCCAAAUGUGUCUAUAGGUUCCUACUGAGCCGACAUGGUCAUGCUCUCCUGUAAGGCAGGGCAAGGGGACCCAGCAGCCUUAAUUUAAUUUUGUGUGUGUCAGUCUGAUCUUCGAGAUACGUAUAUGAUAAUUUAUUAUAUAGUAUAUUGUGAAAAUACAUUGAAUGCACAAAACAUUAAGAACACCUAAUAUUGAGUCCCCCUCUUGCCCUCAAAACAGCCUCAAUUUGACGGGGACAUGGACUCUACAAGGUGUCAAUGUUGACUCAGACUUCCCACAGUUGUCAACUUGGCUGGAUGUCUUUUAGGUGGUGGACCAUUCUUCAUACACACGGGAAACUGUUGAGUGUGAAAAACCCAGCAGCUUUGCAGUUCUCGACACAAACCGUUGUGCCUGGCACCUACCAUACACCGUUCAAAGGCACUUAAUCCUUGUCUCAAGGCUUGAAAAUCUGAACUUCAAUAAGGGGUGAAAAAAAUCCUAACAUCAAUAAGAGAUCAUAGCUUUCACCUGGUCAGUCUCUCAUGUAAAGAGCAGUUGUUCUUAAUGUGUUGUAUACUCUGUGUAUAUUGUUUAUCUUUCAGGACAGAACACAAUUAGUAUACUACUCUGUAAAAUCCAGAAUAAAUGUCAACUACUUAGGGCUAGAUUUAAUCAGGGCCGCCUUAAUUGUUUUUGUUUCGGCGAAGUUGGAUGUGUAACUGUUGGUGCUGUCAAAGCUGCUCUCUGCGUUAUACAGAUCGUGGACAUUGCUUUUGGAUACUUCCUUGUCGCAUUUGUAGUAAUCCCAUGCAGCCGUGCUGAAACUUUUUCUACGGGUUUGUGUUGUAAUCUACACCUCGAUUAGGCUGAAUUAAAUCAUUAUUUUGUUGAAUGAU